AGCGAGAGAGAGAGAGAGAGAGAGAGAGAGAGGGGAGGCGAAGGGGGCGAUGGGGGGAGGAGGAGGAACGGGGAGCUCGACGUACAAGGGCUACACUCUCCACCAACCCAAGCGAUGGCACGCGGUGACGGGGAAGGGCUUGUGCGCCAUCAUGUGGUUUUGGGUUCUGUACAGGGCUAAGCAAGAUGGACCUGUAGUGCUGGGUUGGCGUCAUCCAUGGGAGGGACACGAUGAUCACUCUCACGACCAUGGGCAUGGGCAUGAAAAUGAGGCAUCUCAUUAACAUCUGAAGUGCGCAUAGCGAGGGAAAACUGUUCCUGCGUGACUAAAACUUCUAAGUGAAUAAAGUUUGUAUGUGACAUGAAGCUGUUUAUUACGUUUUCUCGUUCUACCUAGCUGAAAAAAGUUGGAGAUAAAACUGUCGACUAUCUUGUUUGUCGUUGGAUACAUACACAUAUAUUUAUUCCAGGAUUGCAGCCUUGCUUGUUUAACAAUGUUUAUUUGCUCGAAAACCUUCAUGUGGUGUAACUUUUUGAAUAUGGCUCUUCAAAGUUUGUGUCAAUGUUGGUAGUAAGAAACUUUUUUUAAGUA